AUGAAUGAUAAAGAACGCUACAAGAGCUGUGUAAAAACUGAAGUUUAUUUUAAAUCAAUACAUGAUACAAAAAACAAAGAAACACUCAAAAAUAUUGGUUGCUCUGUUGAGCGUGGUUACAGAUAUUUAACUGCAUUGUAUGACAAAACAAUAACGAAUGAUUUGUGUGAGUACUUAAAUCUCUGGCUAGAUGAACAAAAGAUCAAACAUGUCAAUGAUGUUUUUGGAAUUACCCGAGAUGAAUGGAAAAAUAUUGAACAAUUAUGGAAUAUUUUAAUUGAUAAACAAGAUCUCAAUCAGAAGUGUGAAAGAAAGCACGAAGAAAAGGAUAUAUCUGAAUAUCAAAAAAGGAAAAAUUUGAUGACUUACUGUAUAUAUAGAGAUUAUAUUAAAAGCUUAUGUGAACAAUCUAUAAACAGUGGUAUUCAACAUACACAUGUAUGCUAUGCUUUCAAUGGUUUUAUAAAAAAGCAUUAUGAAACAUUUUACAAUGAGGUUCAAUGCAUUCAUAAUUCAGUUGAAACUAAAGAUUAUAGUUAUCAUAUUUCUGAUGAUUGUACACUGUAUAAUAUAGCCAAAACAUUUCCAGGAAUCACUGAACAAGACAAAAAAAACGUAUAUGCUGAUGUGUCAGGAAAACCUAUAGAAAAGUGCAAAGAUACAAAAAAAGUAGCUAAUGUUAAAACAGAAUUAGCUGAUAGUCACACUAGAUCAGAAAAUAAUCCCCUUGGUGCUACAGGAUUAAAUAAUUCAUCAUUAACUGUUGUAAAUUCACCUGAUAAUAAACCUUUGAAAUCGGUCUAUUAUGCUGGAUUAUCAGUAUUAGGAGUUGUUUUCACUUCAAUGGUUUUAUAUAAAGUAAAAGAAUUGUAA